ACUGGCAGAAUUUGGUGAGUAUGUUUUAUGUUGUUAUGCUAUCAUUGUUAAUUAUUCAUUUUGCUUGAGCUAAGCAUAAAAUUGACACUAACGGAGUUCUUUUUUUUUUUUUUUAAGUUGCUGAUUAACUAAUAUUUUCAGAUGACAAAGAAUUUUUUAACAUGUAACAUAAAGCAAUUUAACAGGUACACAAAAUUCUGUUUUUCAGUAGGAAAAUUUCUCAGCAAGUCUUUCACCCAGAAUCAAACUGCUCAACCUGAGCUGUGCCACUGAUGUACUGUACUCAUUUCUAACCCUAUCCAUCCUGGUCGCUCCUAAUGGAAAUCUUAUCAUUUUUAUCUGUUCGUCCCACCAUACAUCAUAGCAGGUUUGACUGUCAUCUCGUAAACCUUCCUUUUCACUCUUGCUGCCAUCCUUCUGUCACAAAUCCCCCCUGAUACUUGUCUCCACCUGCCUACACUUUCUUCUUCACGUCUCUUGUGGACUGUGCACUGCUUUGGAUGGUUGAUACUCAACUAUGUUCACUGCCUCUGCUCCUUGCAGCUUCACUGCUACACACCUGUAUUCUGUCUUGCAUUCAUCUACCUCCAUUUCUCCUGGCUCUCUUCCACCUGCUCCCUACUCCCACUAUGAAGAACAAUGUCAUCUGCAAACAUCAUAGUCAACAGAAAUGUCUGCCUGGCCUCCUCUGUCAGUCUGUCGUUAUCAUUAUAAACAAAAAGGGGGUCAGAACAGAUCCCUAAUACACCCCCAACUUAAACAGUAGUGUGUUUAUUUGAUAUAAUUCAGAUGGAUUUUAAUUCCAAAUUUUUGCUUUAUGUUUACUAAGGGUGAAAGUGAAGUUUUCUUUUUUAGCUUUUAUUUUGACAUCCCUUGCCCGGAAGUACACCCUGUUCGUGCACGUUCGCUUCACCAAAACAUCAUUCAGCAGCAAACAAACGGCUGCGAAGCUACGAUGUUUUCUGUUUUCACCAACCGGAGAGACAAAAAGGACGGAAGAAAACGGUGCGGGUGUGCCUCAGCGUGACCGACAUCUUAGCAGCGAGUAGCCAAAAGGAGACCUGUGCGAGUGUUUUCUUCCCGGGGCUGCCGCCGGAGAGCUGUGCCCCGACAAGGCUGGGCGGGGUGAUGUUUAGGUUCCGGUAUAAAGGCAGCGACAAAAUGGGAACCAGACGAGAUGUGAAGCCGGCAGCCCGCGCUGUGCUCUUAUCUCGGAGACUAGAAUGAGAAGUUGGUCGCCCGAGUGUGAAAGGGCGGCGGUAUAACCGUCUGGGGAGGCCACUGGCGGGGGAGAAGCGUGUCGCUGCCGCGUCCCUCCGCCCCUCGUCCGCCAGUACCAUGAGGACGAUCUUUACAUUCUGCUGUCUCUUCCUUAUUACCGGCGGAUCGGACCGGGCGUGGGCCACCGGAAACCUCACUGUCGAUGGCAACAACAGGACCAACGUGACUGCCGACAGCAGCAGCAGGUAUAUCACAAUCGGGGACGGGUCAUUGCAGGAGUUCGAGUUCCCCGAAUACACCAACGGCGUGAUUGUAAUCUCCAGCCGAUACCGGAGCGCCGCGGCCGGCAGGACGGGCCGCCAGAGCUUAAAGCAGACUGUGAGAGUUCACUCCUUGGAACCGGAGGUGCUCUCGAUCAUCAACGUGACUGACGGCGGCCACGGAGGACCGGCUCAGAGCUACAUUAUCAACAUCCGCUCUGGGCUGCCGGGCAGGGCUCAGCUGCAGAUCCAGCUGCUGGACCUGGACCAGGGCUCGGUGCCGGUUCUGAUUGAGGAGAGGACAGAUUACUGCAUCAAAGUGGAGCCCAGUGAGGAUGACCCGGCCACCCGGCUCAUCCAGUCGGGUGGUCUGUCCCAUUUCUCUGAGAACCCCGUGCUUUUUGCCUUGCUGCCCCUCAUCUUUGUCAACAAGUGUGCCUUUGGGUGCAAGGUGGAGGUGGAGGUGCUGCGGGGCCUGCUGAAGAGCCCCAUGCCGCUGCUCCUAGGCGCACUGGGUCAGUUCCUGGUGAUGCCUUUAUAUGCCUACUGUGUGUCCCAGUUGGCCUCACUGCCCAAGGCACUCGCUCUGGGGUUGGUCAUCACCUGUUCUGCCCCAGGUGGAGGGGGAGGAUACCUGUACAGCCUGCUGCUCGGAGGCGACGUCACCCUAGCCAUCUCCAUGACGCUGGUCUCCACAGUGGUGGCGGCGGCAGCCAUGCCUUUGUCGUCAGCCCUGUACGGUUGGCUUCUGGGUGUCCAUGCUGCCCUGCACGUGCCCUUUGUGAAGAUCCUGGGCACCUUGCUGUUCAUCGCUAUCCCCAUCUCACUGGGCAUGCUGGUGAAGCUGCGGCUGCCUGCCCUCACUCGCGUCCUGCUGGCGCUCAUCCGACCCUUCAGCUUCGUGCUCAUUGUGGGCGGCAUCUUCAUGGCCUACCAAAUGGGAGCGUCCAUCCUGGCUAACGUCCAGCCCCAAAUCGUGGUCGUUGGGAUUACGGUGCCUUUGCUGGGCCUGGUGGUCGGGGCUGUCCUGGCCAAGCUGGCGGGCCUUUCUCCGCCACAGAGGAAGACGGUGAGCAUCGAGGUGGGCGUCCAGAACAGCCUGCUGGCUCUCGCGGUCAUGCAGCUGUCUUUCCGGCGACUGGAGGCGGACUUUGCGUCGCAGGCGCCCUUCAUCGUGGCCCUCAGCAGCACCUCGGAGAUGCUGCUCAUCGUGCUGGGAUACGUCACCCAGCGGAGGCUGUGUGGCUCGGCCGUCCCCAGGAGCGACGCCUGAUUGUAGCUGCAGUUUUGCUCUUAACGUUUUUUGAAGAAUGAACCCUUUGAAUCCUGUGGAAAGCUGGUGUCCCUCUGUCUCAGCCUCAAGACGCCCAACAAUCACCAACCCAACAUCACUGUUGUUGUACACAGGACAGUGAAUGGACUUUUUAUGGGACUUUUGUUGUCGUUUUGGUAUUUUUUUCAUGAAAACCAAAGGCCUUUUACCCCUUUUUGUGUUUAUUUUCCAGUAUGUACUUUUUCAGAUGAGAUUAUACUGUGAGGUAAAUGUAAAUAUUCUUAAGAAGACAAAUCCCUAUUAAAAGAAAAGAUAUUUUUCUACCAGAUUACUUUUUUUUUUUUUUUUUUUUUGUGAUCAAAAAGCAAAGACUGAUAUUUGUAUCAUGUUUACAAGCGGUCCAUGUGUCUUAGCCUGUGGAGGGGGACGUUUUGGUGGGUGGGGUUAAAGCGGAAACUUUUGUGACUCAAACAGGAACAUGGUGAAAUUAUUUUGAAAGUAUUUGCCUCUGAUUGUGUGUCCUGGAUCUUUAAAUCCAUGUACUUGAAUAUUUGCAAGGAGAAAUUAAGAAAAAGUCAAUAAAAAAAAAAUU